GGAAAAUAUCUUUCUCAGCCUUGCCACGAACAAAGCAGACGAGACGAAUAUUACUAGUAGUGGAAGACAUCUUGUUUUUCUAAAUACAAUGUCCCAUAGAAAGUUGGUUGAACUUUCACAUACUCCUACAUGCUUUAUAUCUUGUCAGGAAAAAGUUAAGGAG